CUCUGCGAACCCUCAUCUCUCUCAGGUUUACCUUCGUCACAGCUUACAGUUACUCUAUCUUCCGGACCGUCCCCUUAUCAUCGUUCCCCCUUGCCGCCCCGUGCUCGGUGCCGCCGUCGACUCAGAACUCCGAUUGCUCGGUGCCGCAGUCGAUUCACAAACACGAAUCAACUUGUCCGUGCUCGGUGCCGCCGUUUACGUGUAACACGAAUCGAUUCACAACUCCGAUUGGUCGGUGCCGCCGUUUCCGUGCAGCACGAAUCGUCGCUACCCCUUUCCGCCGUCGAUUCACAAACACAAACUCCGAUUGCUCGGUGCCGCUGUCGAUUCAGCUUAAAUGGGCAUUCUUCACCGUCUUUUUUUCAGUUCAUUAUAUUCUGGAUGACAUUGGAAGUGAACACUGGGUUCCCACCUUUUUUUCUCUUGACAGAGAACUAAAGCUAGUUGAGCUCUUCUAUCAACCAUGAUUUAUACAGCAAUUGACACCUUUUACGUAACGGAUGAGCAGCUACAAAAUACACCUUCCAGGAAGGAUGGCAUAGAUGAAGCAACCGAAACGACCCUCAGAAUCUAUGGCUGUGACCUCAUCCAAGAAGGUGGCAUUUUACUCAAGCUACCUCAGGCAGUAAUGGCCACUGGUCAGGUUCUAUUUCAUAGGUUCUAUUGCAAGAAGUCAUUUGCUCGCUUUAACGUGAAGAGAGUUGCUGCCAGUUGUGUUUGGCUUGCAUCAAAGCUUGAGGAAUGUCCAAGAAAAGCAAGACAUGUACUCAUUGUUUUCCACAGAAUGGAAUGCAGGAGGGAGAGCUUGCCAAUAGAGCAUUUGGAUCCUUUUUCCAAGAAAUAUGCAAUGUUAAAGAUGGACCUGAAUAGAACAGAGAGGCACUUAUUGAAGGAGAUGGGUUUCAUCUGCCACGUUGAACAUCCUCAUAAAUUUAUAUCAAACUACCUUGCCGCCCUUGGGACACCCCUAGAACUGAGACAAGAAGCAUGGAAUCUAGCAAAUGACAGUUUGCGUACAACUUUAUGUGUGCGAUUCAAGAGCGAGGUUGUUGCCUGCGGGGUUGUGUAUGCUGCUGCUCGUAGAUUCCACGUGCCACUACCUGAGAAUCCACCAUGGUGGAAGGCAUUUGAUGCAGACAAGUCUGGUAUCGAUGAGGUUUGUAGAGUUCUGGCACAUUUGUACAGCCUUCCUAAGGCACAAUAUAUACCUGUUUGUAAGGAUGGGGGUUCAUUUACUACAACCAACAGAUCGUGGGAAUCUCCUUCCCAGCCAGUUCCAAAGGAAGAUUCACUUACUGUCCCACCAGCUAAUAAUGAUCCUGGUACUCCAAAGGCAUCUUCAGAUACAACUAAUAAGGAAUCUGGCAGUUCCAAGAGUGAACUGAUAAAAGCAGCACCUGAGAAGUUGAAAGAGUCUAACAAGAAGAGUGGUGAUGAUUCUCAAAGUAUCCCCACUGAGGGAGAGGCUAGAGAAGAGCGUGCAUCCAAAAUGAAGUCUGAGCAUAGGAUGGAAGUGAGUGGGGAAAGACAGGAGAGGGAGCGGGAAAAGGUAAGGGACAGGGAAAGGGAAAGGGAGAGGCUAAAGGUUCGGGAUCGUGACAGGGGAAGGGAUUCUGAGCGGGAGCGGGAGCGAGAUGACACUGAAAGGGACAGAGACAAAAUCAAGGACAGAGGACACCGGGCCAAGGACAAAGGAAAAGAUUCAGGAGGUCAUUCAGAGAAAUCAAAGCGUCAUACAUCUCGAGAACGCGAGUACCAUGCUUCGUCUUAUUCUAGAGAGAAGGAUCGACACAGAUAUCAUUAACUGCUUGUUACCUAAUUCCAAGGCUGGCCCUCUUUACUAUUUCAAAUUUUAUCUGCUCAAUGGGUUGAAUUUGUAUGUGACCUAGUUUGAUCAGGCUGUCUAAAGUUGGACGAUCGAUUAGCAAUUUUGCUGCCUUUGGGUUUGAAAUAUGGAUUGAUGAGGUAACCAGAUACAUAUGACAUAUACCUUAAUGGUUUAUGAAUAAUGUGCUCAUGGCUUGUCUGUGGUACACCCUUUCCAACAAGAAACUCCCUGCUUCACUUGUGGUAGAUUUUGGAUGAGAGAAGAGACUGUUUGCGGAAUUCCUUUUUUUCCCCUUCUGCAGGUCGGGAAUUGCUAGUGUGUUGUAUUGCAACAGAACCUGUGAAUUUACUGUUUCAGCUGAUGAGACGAACAUGACAUGAAAGAGUUGCCGUGGCUUCGGAUUUCAACCAUGUGGGAAGCAUGUCAUUUACAAGAUGUUUAGCAUAUUUUAUUUUUGGAGAUCUCAGUAUUUUCAUCUUUUUCAAAGUUUUUACAAUGUGGGUGGAAAAAAGUUAAGCCGAGCCAACUGAAUCAUUGAUGUAUUUUAUUUUAUUUUGCACAGGUUUAUAUUCUGUGGUUUGAAACUACGAAGGAUUUGUAAGAGCCAUGAAAUGUUUCAUCAGUUAUAAGAAUCAGGGAACGACCUAGUGAUUUUA